CACCAGCUGACGCUUAACAUUAAAAAACUUAAAAAAACAUAUAAACAUAACCUUAGUGUUCAAAAAGAUUUCAAAAUAAUUCAGUGUUUGAGCUUGAUGGGCUACGAAAGCCCAUUAACAAUCGCAAAAAUUAAUUCGUUAUCGGAUAUUUCGGGCAUGACUGUCCCGAUACAAAUGCAACGUGGUGGAUCAAUGGCAUUGCUGCAACCACCACGAUCAAAGUUUAUGAUCAAUGAUAUUCUUGGCGGUAAUGGAAAGUUGACAAAUCGCUCUGGAACAGACGAUGAAGAUCGAUCUCCAAGUCCACAGCCAAGAGAUUUAUCACUCCCGCCAAAUUCAAUGAGACAUCAUGCUGAUGAUAGUGACGAUGAGCAGAGUGAUUCUAGCAUGCUUGAUGAUCAUAGUAUAUGUAGUGGUGGAAAAGACGACGAUGGAAAUUUCAAAAAUGGUUUAACAUCUGGACUUAGCAAAAAGCAACGGAAAGCAAGAACAGCUUUUACAGAUCACCAACUCCAGACUUUAGAGAAAUCAUUUGAGCGCCAGAAAUAUCUUAGUGUACAGGAUCGAAUGGAGCUAGCUAAUAAAUUAGGAUUAAGUGAUACGCAAGUGAAAACGUGGUAUCAGAAUCGAAGAACAAAAUGGAAACGACAAACAGCAGUCGGAUUAGAGCUAUUAGCGGAAGCAGGAAAUUAUGCAGCAUUUCAGAGACUCUAUGGUGGUCCACCGUAUAUUGGUGGAUGGCCUUAUCCUCAAGUACCUUCUGGAAAUCCAACGAGUACAGUUGAUCUCUAUUAUCGUCAAGCUGCGGCGGCUGCAGCUCUACAGAAACCUCUACCAUAUCGUAUCUAUCCGGGUGCAACAGGGUUGUCACCACUUGGAAUUCCUGGACCUAGUGCAGCUCAAUUUCCUCAUCUAACAGCUUCAAAUUCUUUAUCGAGUUUAAGUAAUUAUUAUAGUAACAAUAAUAACAAUAAUAAUAGUAAGGAAAAUAAUAAUAAUAGUAGUAAUGGACCAGAGACCCCAACUAGACGAUCCCCGAGCCCCACAUUAAAUCCUGGAAGUCCUGAAGGACGAUCCGAGAGUAACUCCCAAAGUGAUAAUGAAGAUACAAUCCAAGUUUGAAAAUAAGUUUAAAAUUUCUUGUGAUUAUAAAAUAAUUUUAUAUUUUUUCCUAGUUCUUAUUUUUAUUGGCUAUAACUUAAUUAAUUUAUGUUACAAUGAAUAUUGAUAUAUUAAGAGAAUAAUAUGCUACUGUCUUAUACCUGAAAAAUGCUCAUUUUUGAUAUAAGAAGAAUUUUUAAAUGGAAUGAAUUUUAGAAGUGAAUGAAAUAGAAUUUUAAAAGUUU